GCCUACUCUGAGAAUCUGUCCACGAUUCAUUGUUCAUUCUACUUACUCAUGCUGAAAAGGGGGGGGGGGCGGGGUGCUCAGUCUUUUGUGUACAGAAUCAACAAACAAUGCUCGAGCGCGCCAUUCACCAGGGCGUCGAGGUCAUUCGCGUCGGGCUCUUCCCCGGCCGGAUCAACACCACCGUCUGCAUGUUCCGAACCGGCUCAACGCUAAUCGACUGCGGGCCCCCAAACCAAUGGAGCCCGGUCAAAGCAUACCUCACGAGCGUCCAGACCAGCGCCCAGGGCCUUGCUCCAGGCGGCAGCGCUGUGCAGCCCGUCAAAGAGCUGCUCAUCACGCAUCAUCACGAAGACCACUCUGGGAAUGCCGCUCGCAUCAAGCGCGACUUUCCGAGCAUCUCCAUCCGAGCACCCAAAACAUCGCUGAAACUGCUCACAGAAGGUUUCGAGGUCCAAAUGUAUCGCCGACUUGUUUGGGGAAAACCGCCAACGGUCGAUGUGCAUGGCUCGUUUGAUGCGAUUCUGGCUGACAGUGCAUCAUCGGCGUCCGUGCCGCCUCCAGCAAUCAGACCGACCAUCGGUCAUGAUUUGUCAAUAGUACCUGUUGCCGCGCCAGGCCAUUGCUCGGAUAUGACUGUCAUGUUUGAUCCAGCGCGAGGGCAUUUGUUUUCGGGCGACUUGUUUGUGACUUCCAAGCCACUGAUGAUGCGCAACGACGAGGACGUCAACGAUGAAAUCGCCAGUCUCAGACGCGUUCUUUCGCUCGAUUGGAACACUUUAUUCUGUGCCCACCGCGGGUUUGUUUCUGAUGGUAAAAAGCUCUUGCAACAACGAUUGGACCACUUCCUGGAGAUGCGAGCAAAAGCCACAGAACUCAACCACCAGGGACUAUCACACCGAGCAAUCGCCAGCAAACUGUUUGGCAAAGAAGAGGCGCUGUACUAUCUGUCUCGAGGCCAUUUCAGCAAAAAGCAUCUCGUCGAGGGCCUAUUAAGUGCACCGCAUCAUCCUGUUCCUCCGACAGAGUGACAUGAUGUGCACGACUAGGUCGACAAUAAAUGGAAAUUCAUUGAUUGGCAACA